AUGGGAGUUUCUCUAGAAUCAUUACCAAAGGAAAAUAAUGCUAGCUUUUCUUUAUGUGAUUUGCAAACGUCGCAUGAUAUAGACAUACAAAAGGAAAAGUCUAAUGAAUUUUUUAUAGUUUAUUUAACUUUUGUUCUUCUAGGAAAUUCCGCUUUAUCAUUUUGUACUUUUCUUUUUCUUAUCUUAGGAUCUGUUAACGCAAUGGUUCUCUCCCCUUUUAAAAACAGUUUACCAGUAACCUACACAACAUUUUCUUUAUUCUGUGGAUGUAUUAUACUUUUAUUUCCCCGUCAUAAAAAACUUCCUAAUAUAGUUUUUUGUUCCAUAAUUUUUUCAAUUCUUUCGUUAUUUUUUUCUUUAAGUUUAACCUGCAUUAAAGAUACUCGAAUAAAGUCGAUUUGUAUACACACAAUUUGUGGUAUAGGUGGAUGUUGGACAUUUGUAUUUCAAAAAUUACUAUAUGAGCAAGCAUCCAAAUUUUCUCGUUAUUAUCUGGGCGCUAUAUCUUUAGGAUUUGGAUUAAGCGGCGUGUUUGGUUUUUUAUCUUGGCUUAUUAUAUCACAAUACUUUUUCCCCGACUUUCAAAACAUUUUAAAAGCGAUUUGGGUUCAAACCUUAUCUUGUGUAGUGGUAUCCAAUGUUUUAGGAUUGUGCUUGUGGUUUUAUAUACAUUAUUGUCAAUGGAUUACUACUCCGGUUACAAAAAUAAAACUUCCUAUUGCAUUACUAACAAAUGAUGCGGAAAAUCUUUCAGAAAAUUCUGUACAAGGACAACCAUUAACCGAGAAAUAUUUACCCAAUAAUAGUCUUCAGGAAAGGAUUAAUAGUCAAAAUGACUCUCAAGUUACAUCACACUUUUUCGUCACCUGUUUCACUCAAUGUAAAUAUUAUUCUGUAUCUUUACAACAAACGUUUAAUAUAUCCUUAACCUUGCUUAUUACUUUCUUGAUUUAUCCUACUACUGCUCCUCUAGCAUGGAGUCCCGAUAGUUAUGAACGUACACUCUUGACAGGUAUAUUUUUGUUUGGUGAUUUUGCUGGACGUUAUUUGCCAAAUUUAAAACAAUGGUGUCCGUUUCUGGCGUUGAAAUGUAACACAGUGAUAUAUUAUGGAUUGAUGCGCUUGAUUUUUAUACCGUGGAUGAUUUUUCUUAAAUCGAAUAAGACGUCCAAAAUACAAGGCAUUUUACUUUCCGAGACCUUUCGACGUACUAGUAUAUUUUUUUUUUCCUUGUCAAAUGGAUGGCUUUGUUCUCUGAGUAAUAUGUAUGUGAUGGUGCGUCUUAAAACAUCUGAGGAGAAAGAGUUUAUGUCUACCGUGUAUACAUUUUGUUUACUUGUGGGUAUAUCCCUUGGUAGCUGGUUAGCACCGUUACUUUAA